AUGCCUACCCCCGGCGUACUCAUGCGUCUCUCUGACGCCUCCACUAUACAAGCACCACUGGCCGAUGUCGACAUUGAAGCCACCUACACCCUCAAAGCAGACGACGACAAGCACCCAGCAGGCAACACGAUCUGCUUCCUGCGUGACAUCACCCCUCUUCUCUCCUCACCAGACCUCCACAACGCCGACGUUGAGGCCCAUCGCGCAAUUGCCGCUUCUCCCCCAUCCUGGAUCCUCUGCUCCUUCAUCAACGGCCGUGACACAGCAGGAGACAGCGAAGCACAGAAGACUCCGCACGUUCUGCCCACGCUUCCACCACUUGGAUCCAUCCUCGUCAUCAACGGCUCGACACCCCGCCCAGAGAAGGAAGAAGACUAUCACGCGUGGUACGACCAGGAACACGGCGCCAAGCUAACCCAUGUACCGGGCUGGCGUGCUGCGCGGCGUUACGCGCUGGCCGGGGUCUACGGUGAGGCCGAGACGGCCAGUUUCUACGGGUUGAAUUUCUAUGAUGCGGAGAAUGGCCUCGGGGGUCCUGAGUGGCAGGCUGGUGUGACGGAGUGGACACUGAGGAUUCGGAGUAAUGCGGCGAAGCCCAAUAUCCGGAGGGUGUGGAAGGUAGUGCGGAUGUGA